AUGGCCUCAACCUCUGGUCGCAGCUCAUCGGCCUCUGGCCGUUCCCAAUCCGCAAAGGGUGUGCCCGAUAAACAAAUCUCUCAGAUCGAAAAGAGUGUGACACAUCUGCUUGUAGCAACCAAGCAGCUACUUGAAACCCUGACUCAGUGGUCUCGCAAACAAGCUUCUGAAACGGAUGUCUCCGAUGUAUAUGUGCGCCUGGGCUAUGAGUUCAAUCUAGCCUGCCGUGCUUUCAAUGCUAUCGGCGUUGAAACUUCCGAUCUAGGCCCGGUUCCGGACGUUUUGCGCACCAUUUUAGAGGAUACAUUAAGCCAAGAUGCCUCUUCGCAAAGCCUCGACCGAUACCUACCCCAAAUUCGCGACAUCAUUAUCAACCUUCUCCAUGGCUUGAAGAAAAAGCAGGCGCGUCUUCGAUCACGACAUCAGCGGGAGGAUGGGCGAGGACUUCCGGGGAGACAGGCUAGCGCGGGAAGCAUUUCCAGCAGCGCCUCCGCAAUAGGCCAGCUCUACGAUGAAACAGCGGCAUCUACCAUGCCCCAGUCGAAUGUACCAUCCCCGAAACGGCCAGCUCGUCGAUAUGGUAGCAAUGGGUCUUUGGAAGAGGUUCAGGCCACCCGUCAUGCAUCACCACCGGUACCAGGAGAUCCACGGAGUUUUUCGGAACGGGACGCGUCAAGACGUGAGGCCCAACAGAUGCUCAGCCAGCCACCCCAGGGGGGUGAAUUGAUUUCUCAAAGUACCUCGCCUUCAGCCCCUCCAGAUUUCCCGGCCCCGCCGCCACCUCCAAAGGAAGAUGACGCGCUAGGUGCUUUACAGCGAAGUGGGGAACUAGAACGACGAGCCUCCCGGCGGUUCUCUGCCUACCAAAUCCAAAAGCAUCUAGGGACAUCCUCGAAUGGGGUACCAGUUCUGCCCACUCAAAACUCCCCAAUUCCUAACCGGGGACGGGACGUCCGCGAAUCUCUCAAUGCGGUCCGUCUGCGUGGAUCGUACACCCACUCCCGGCAGCGGUCUUCAAAUAGAUUACAAGAGACUGCCAAAGCUCCGCAGCCAGGGGCUGGCGUUCCCCAGGUGGUGGAGGAGGAAGAGCGCAGUGAGCCAUCUACUCAAGUGGCCGAAGAACCUGAAAACGACGAAACCCCUCGGCCUUUGGAUCAAAAGCCCGAACCGCCCGCAAAGGAUGAUGUCGAAGUUCCAAAAGAACAAGCCGCAACCCCCAGCUUCCCGCGACCACCCAAGGGACCGUCACUUGAUGAGGCUUUUGAUCCAGAGAAGAUCCCUUCUCCUAUUACAGAGAAACGCCCGGAAACACCAAAGGUAGCCCGGCUACUUCCAGCUGACAUUGCCACGCCUCCUUCGGUCGCCCAAUACGCAACAGAACAGCCUUCUCCAGGCAAAGAAUUGACUCUCUUCCUGCAGUACAAAAGCAAAAUUAAAAAGUUUGUGUUGCCAGACGGCAUUGCAGAUCUUACUAUUGGACGUCUGCAGUUGGCAUUUAUUGAGAAGUUUGCCUGGAAUACUCAUAACAAUGGCGCGGAUCUACCUGAAAUCUACAUUCAGGAUCCAAUUUCUGGAAUCCGACAUGAAUUGGAAGAUUUGGUCGACGUCAAGGACCGCUCAGUUCUUGUUCUGAAUAUGGAUAGCCUCGACGAGGUCAAGAAACAUUUUGAUGAGAGCCUUGGAGGCGUUCGGACCUUGGUUGAAAGUGUGAAGGAGGCUCUCGCUGGCCAAGGAACCGUCAUCCAAUUAGUUCAGGCUCGCCAGCUUGAGGCGGCCAAGGAAAUGGCCCGUUUGGCAGCUGCUCCGCCAGCAUCUGCGCCCGCUCCUGCCAGCGGUGCUUCUAAGGGGCUGAUAUCUGCAAGCGGAAGCCAACUCGCAGAACUACAAAGCUUGCGUCGCGAUCUCGCCGUCCUGCGUCAAACGUACUCGAACUUUACAUCUGAUGUCACCAGCUCAAUGAGCGCAGUUCGUACCAAAGCAAGCCAGGUUAAGACCGCUGCCGAGGAUGUUACCAUCCCAACCUACGCGGGAGAUGCCGGCCGUGCACGAGUUCAGACUGGCAAGAAGGAGCUUGGGGAUGAAUCGGAACGUCUUGUUGCACGAGUGGAUGACCUCCAAGACCUAGUCGAGGAUCUGCGGAAGGAUGUUGUUACACGGGGUGUUCGACCUCUUCCCAGACAGCUGGAGGGUGUUAGUCGUGAUAUCAGCAACGUAAUGAAGGAGAUCAAGAAGAUGCAAGACUUCCUUGGCCGCGAGAAGCCCAUUUGGACCAAAAUUUGGGAGAAAGAAUUGCAGUUGGUCUGCGAAGAGCGGGAUCAACUCACCAUGCAAGAGGACCUUGCUGCGGAUCUACAAGAUGACCUUGAGAAGGCGGCCCAGACUUUCGCCUUGGUGGAACAAGCAACCAAAGAACAAGCCAUGGAGAAGACCAACGGUGGCGGCGUUGUUGGCGCAGUUUCUUUGCGAGCUCCUUCGCGUACGCUUGGGAUCGAUCCCACAGUCGAUCCGAUGAAGGCCAAGGAUGGCGUUUUAGGCGAGGUUCGCGCGCUACAGCCCAACCACGAAAGUCGUCUUGAAGCUAUCGAGCGAUCUGAGAAGGCCCGUGCAAAGGAACUUGAGACUCGGCGCAUCGGUCUGUUCCAAAAGGAACUCGGUAACUUUGUGCAAGAGGGCAAGUUGAAGAAGAGCGGUGGUGUAGAGGAGGCGGAACGACUUCGCACCGCCAAGGAUGAUCGGAUUCGAAAGGAAGUCUGGGACAGGCAGCAGGCUCGCAACGCUGAGAUGGAGAAGGCAGAGGCCGAAGCCGCUGCAGCAGCGGCGGCGGCCACCAUCCCGGACGAAGAAACCCCCAGCGCAGAGACGGACUCUAGUGAGCAAGCGCCAGAGGAAGAUACUAAAGAUGAGUCCCUCCCGAGUGACAAUGAUACCCCAGGAAGUGAGGAGGUGAACCCCGAUGAGUCCACAGAGCCUGAGCACGCACCUGAACACGCACCCGAGCCCGAUUCUAUCUAA